AUGGAUUGGACAGACGUUCGUAUGAAACUCCGACAAGUAAGCAAGCAUCACGCCGGGCUCCACACUCCUCACAGUUUUAAAAUUGUUGAAUUUAGAGAAUUUUUUAGGGUUUAUUUUUUAGGAGUGUUUGGGGCCCACACCAACAAUACCCUUCUCUAUAGUGAUAUCCUGAAGAAAAAUAUAACUGGGGAAGUAUAUAAAGGAAUGCAACGAGUUCAAUUAGAGAUACAUUCGUGCUUUUCUCCGAGUGAGAUCUCAACAAAGAACCAGCCACUAAAUAGAGAUCAGGAGUUGCUGAGAGAGAGAAUGAGGAUCAGAAAUGAUCGAGACAUGGUGGCCUAUGUUCAAGACGGCGAUCUCUUCAUCAAACUAAUUUCAUCUUCCAUCGAAGUUAGGCUCACUUAUCUGAGAAGGAGGACCAAGAAUGCAACAUCUGAUCUUAAAAUUAUUGAAUUUGUGAGGAAAGGAGACGCAAUAGUAGAUUUGGUGGAGUUGAGCUUGAUUCGACCAAUAAUGCAACUCUUCCCUGACGCUGAAUAUUUACUAGAUGCUGGUUGGUUGCCAGAUGGAAAGAGAAUAUAUGUAGUACUGAUGAACAGACUGCAAACAAUCAAACGAACAUACCUGAUUCCAAUAAAAUCCUUCUCCUACUACAACAAAGACAAUGUCAAUAAUUCAAAAUUCCCCAAAAUGUUUAAAGAGAAAGACCUAGGGGGUAGUAGUUAUGCUGAGGGGGAUAUAAGGGCUUACCUGCUACUCGAAGAGACAUCUCACAAUGGUCUUUGGUUACAUGCCCACAAACUUCUCCGUUUCCUGAAACCCGACUUGAAAUCGCCGCCAUCGUCGAAACUUCUUUCAACCUUCCAAAAAUCUCAACGAUCAACAGUACCAACACCAGCACGGACCCCUAGAGCCAGCACCGUCAACAACAACAAUUACAACGACAGAGAUGGCGCCGGCAACAGAAAGCCCAACAGCAUCAUUGUCGUAACUGAGGAAAACGACCAUGACGAUAAUGACGAUCACGACUUCGAUUUCAACGCCAAUGACGUCACCGACGACGAUGACGGCAAAAUAGCCAGCGACCACUUUUUCGAUUGCGACAACGGCUACGCUAUAAUGCUUGAUACUGAUGAUGAUGACGAUAAUGACGAUGAUAACAAUAAUCGCUGUAAUGAUAACGACGACGACGAUGAUACUAGUAACAACAACGACUACAAAAACGCCAGUGAAGCAAACCCGAAUAUGAGCGUUGACACGGACAACAACAACACUAGCGCGAAUAAUAAAGGAAAGCUUUGUAACAUUGUAUCGUUCAUAUGUGGCGUAGAAUCUUCUGGCUACCUUCAUUUGCGCCACGUAAUCGUCGAUCUUAAGGAGUGUUCACAUGCCGCUCCAUCGUUUGCGGGGAAUAAUCAGCAGAAGCCGCUAAUGAUACACGAGCCUAAGGUACUACAGAAUAAGAAGCUGACAUCUGGGGAGUGGGAGGUGGAUGGAAAGAAUCUGUGGAUUGAUCAAGUUAACAAGAUCAUAUACUUCAUUGGAUACAAGGAUACCCCAUUAGAAGCCCAUCUUUACCUGAUGACAUACGAGACCAAUAGUGACGAGAACUUAAUGCAGCCUGUCAGGAUAACUAAAGCUGGCUACUCCAAUAGCGUCAUCAUGGAUGACAAAUGCAAGCUCUUCAUAACAACGCUAAGUUCUUUGAAAGUGCCCAACAUAUGCGAAGUUUACUCGAUUUCAAUUGGCUCUUCAAAGGUCAGUCAAGGCCUCUCAAAGGUCAAGUUCGUUUAUGCUGGUUCCCUGCAUAUACCUGACAUCCAGCAACCGAUCUCAGAUCCACCGAUCCCAUUCGACUUCACCUCCAGUACAGGAACCAAACUCUACGGAAUGGUCAUUAAACCACCAUCGUCGUCGUCCCCACCACCUCCUACUCUUCCGCCAUCAUCUCUCUAUUCAUCUCGUGUUGAAACGAUGACGCCCUCGAGUCCCGCCGGAUCAUCCAAAUAUCCGGUUGUGCUGUACGUUUAUGGCGGACCACACGCACAACUGGUCUCUAAUGUCUUUUCCGCAUAUAGAUUCACUCUGCAGAAUAAACUCUCUCAGUUCGGUUAUGCGGUUGUCAUCAUCGAUAACAGGGGCUCAGCACACCGGGGCUACAUAUUUGAGGGCCACUUGAAAAAUAAACUGGGUAACAUAGAGAUAUCGGACCAGGUUGAGGGCUUGCACUACGCAGCCCAAACCUUCGACUUUCUCGAUCUCGAAAGAGUGGCCAUCAUGGGAUGGUCGUACGGUGGCUACCUGGCGCUGAUGGGCCUAGUUCAAAGGCCUGAUAUAUUCAAGGUAGCGAUAUCAGGAGCACCUGUGACGUCAUGGUUGUUGUACGAUACCGGAUACACCGAGCGGUACCUGGGUAUGCCGAAAGAUAACGAGCACGUUUAUAAGAGUACGUCCGUCGUCGAGAGGGCCAAUCAAUUUCCUACGCAAGAAGGCAGACUUUUUAAAAGUACACGCUUGAAUGGAUGAAAAUGUCACUUCUUAUCAUACAAGCACAUGAUCAAAUGAAUUGAUAAGGAAUUGCAAACCUUACGUGCUACGGACCUACCCGAAUGAGAGACAUGGAAUAAGAAACGCCCAGUCACAUGAACAUUACGAAUGCCUCCUGCUUAGUUUCCUUAUGAAGAAUCUGUGAUUGAUUGGUUGAUUGAGUAAUUGAUUGAUUGAUUGAGUAAUUGAUUGGUCGAUUGAAUAAUUGAUUGGUUGGCUGACUGGUUGAUUGGUUGGCUGACUGGUUAAUAGGUUGAGUGAUUGAUUGGUCCACUGAUUGUUUGAAUCAUAGAUUAAAAUAUUGGUGGGCUGGCUAGUUAUCUAACUGGUUGGUUAGUUGAGUGAAUGAUCAGUUGACUGAUUGAUUGGUUAGUUGAGUGAAUGAUCAGUUGACUGAUUGGUUGGUUGGCUGGCAGAUUGAUCGAUCGAUUGAUUGUCUGACUGAUUGAUGGUUUUUUUAAUAUUUUUAGAUGUUAUUAAGUUAAAACCCACAUAAAUGCUUUCGUCUUUUGCAUUGAUAACAAUAACAUUUAUAAACUUGAUAAAGCCAUGAUAAUGACUAAAUGAUGACUGCGGUUAUGAUGACGAUGAUGAAGAAGAUGGUGAUGAUGAAGAAGAAGAUGAUGAUACAACCAAACGCAAUGAUGAUUUUAAUAAAUGUUUUACUUAUUCUAUUUAUAAACUAAUAUAAAGACAUGAUAGUUAUGAUUAAUAUAUAUAUAUAUUAAGAGAGAUAUAUAUGAUUAAGAUAUAGAUAUAUAUUUAUAUAUAUAUAUUCGUUAAUUUAUUUUAACAAUUAACCAAAAAUAUAUGUUUAUUUUUUACUUAAUAUUAUUUCAAUAUUUAAUAAUAUCAUGGAAAUAAAAGGCAUUUCCUAUUUCUCA